CUCACGUGAAUCUAUUAGUGUGUGGUGCCAUCUGGACUGCUACAAAGCUCUUCUUUUUUUUUCUUCUUCUUCUUAGCCAACAGAAGAAAUUGCUGAAAAUGAUAAAAAAUGUUGAUGACAAAUCCACAUGCAGUCAGGAUCCAAAGCCCUCCAUAAAAGAUGUAAUAUAUAUUACAGUGGAAAUCUUAUCCAAUUGGGGAAAUCCCGAUUUUGUGGGUUUGACUGAAGUCCAAUUUUUUGAUCUGAAGAAUCAGAAAAUAUAUGUGUCCCCUCUUGACGUAGACAUAAGGAAUGCUGAUUUUCCUGGAGAUCUUCAGUGUUUGGUCAAUGCAAAGGUUAAGACUACAAAAGAACAGUUCAUGUGGAUGUGCCCUUUCCAUCCUCCAGUGCAGCUUUACUUUGUUAUCCGAAAUCCUGCUCGGUCAUGUGAUUUUGACAUAUGUAAGGUGAAGAUUUGGAAUUAUAACAAGAUGCUCAGCUAUCUCGACAUUGGUGCAAAACAUGUGAGGAUAUAUAAAAAUGAAGCUUUGAUGUUUGAUGGAUUCUUAGAAAAAGGAUGUGGAAAUAAAGUAUUUGAUUACGGUAACGAUAUUGAUUUAUUUACUGGACAAGUGAGGUCUGUCUCUCCGAGGUGUAUGUCCAGAAACCAGAUGGAUGUAGAAAAUGAAAUCAACAGUUCAUGUAGCAAUAAUGACCAUGUGCCACAGCUCUCUUCUUGUGGAAAGUUGAGCUCUUUACUUCAAGCACCUACAUCAGAAAGUUACUCAGAUUUGAAAGAACAUAAGCAUCUUUUACAUUGUAGCCUGGAUGAUUUAAGUGCCAGCAGGCUAAACAAAUCUGUGACAAAACGAGAGGUUGAAUAUAAUGAAACUGAAGAUGUUGAAGGGAGAAGACCUAAUUUAUUCAGAGAGGAACACAGACUUAUAAAUGAAUGUAAAAAAUUGCCAGACGACUCAACAUCACCAUCAGAUCAUAGUAUUGGCAUUGAAUUAGAAACCUGGAACACCAAGCCCUUUUCUGAAUCGGAACAUUCAGUCAGUGACAGACAUAAAGUAAAUGUCAACGAUAAAAGGCUGGACAAAUGUACAGAUAUAAAUAUGCCAACAAAAAGUAACCAAGAAAAUAUUAAGAUCACACAGAGUCGCAACAGUGAUCAAGAUAACAUACUUAUGGAAUCCUGGACUUCUUUGCUGAAAUUCAAUCAGUCUCAGCGUGGUCGAAUCUCAAACAUGGAGUUUGAAGGGGAUAUUUUUGAUGAGUUUCUGCAGCAGCAAAAAAUUGGAAGGCAAAGUGUAGCAAAACGAGAUAACCAAGAACAGCCCAAUCCAUCAAAUAUGAAUCUGUAUGAAAAUGACAAAGAUGAUGGGUCUGAGUUUGAAAUACCAGUUUUACCUCAUGGCCAACGCUUAUGCAUUAAAAUACUCUCUACCUGGGGAGAUAGGCAUUACGUUGGACUUAAUGGAAUAGAAGUAUAUACUUCCACAGGCAACCCUGUUCCCAUAGCAAAAAUUAAAGCAUAUCCCCCUAAUAAAAAUACUUUAUCUGCAUUUAGUAAAGACCCUAGAGUUGUGUUAAACCUUAUUGAUGGUGUUAACAGCACACAAGAUGAUAUGCAUCUUUGGCUAGCACCAUUCACUCUUGGAAAGAUUCACUAUAUUUACUUAGACUUUGCAUCACCAUGUGAAAUAGCCAUGAUUAGAAUAUGGAACUACAAUAAAUCAAGAAUUCAUUCAUAUCGGGGUGUAAAGGACGUUGAAAUUGUUCUAGAUCACACUCUAAUUUUUAAAGGAGAAAUUGCCAAGGCAUCAGGCACACUGUCUGGAGCUGCAGAACAUUUUGGGGAUACAAUAUUGUUUACUACCAGCGAUGAAAUUUUGCAGGCAAUCUCCAUUUAUGAUCAUACAUUUGCUGAGGAUUUUGAAAAUACAGAUGUUCCAAUAGGUGAAGAAAAAGUGAACAUUCGUCCAAAGACUGCAGACAGUGGUGGUGAGGGAAUGCCAUUUACAGAGAUAGACUCCAAUGAAAAAGUACAGUCUUUUGAUAUGAAAAGUAAAGCGGACAGCUCUCCAAAUCUUGCCAGUACUAUAGCCGGUGUAUACAGCGGUAAAUGUCUUCAGUUGAAUUUUGCAAUGACGUGGGGGGACUUGCAUUACCUUGGACUUACAGAACUUGAAAUUGUGGGACUAGAUGGUGAACCAUUGCCUUUGAAUAUGAACAUAAUAUCUGCAUCACCUCCAGACCUUAGUGUACUUCCUGACUAUCAAGAUGAUGACAGGACCUUAGACAAACUCAUCGAUGGUGUAAAAAUAACCAGUGAAGAUUCUCACAUGUGGCUUAUUCCAUUUACCGCUGGAGAAAAUCACACUAUAACAAUAAAUUUUAAUAAAGCAGAGACAAUUGCUGGACUGCGGUUCUGGAAUUACAAUAAGUCUCCUGAAGACACAUAUAGAGGGGCAAAAAUUGUCCAUGUAACGCUUGAUGGAUGCUGCAUUUCUCCACCUCAGGGAUUUCUGAUCCGGAAGGGUCCUGGUAACUGUCACUUUGAUUUUGCACAAGAGAUUCUUUUUGUUGACUAUGUGACAGAACGUCAAUAUAAUAAACAAUCCAGCUAUUUAAAGUGCACAGUGCCAACCAGUAUGGAUUAUGAAGCACCAUUGAUGCCAUGUGGCUUUAUUUUCCAAUUUCAGCUGCUCACCACUUGGGGAGACCCAUAUUAUAUUGGACUGAAUGGUCUGGAGAUGUAUGAUGAACAUGGAGAAAAAAUUAAGCUCACCGAAAAUAAUAUUGCUGCUUUUCCAGAAAGCAUAAACAUUUUAGAAGGAAUAUGUGGAGAUGUGAGAACCCCUGACAAGCUAAUUGAUGACAUAAAUAAUACCAGUGAUGGCAGACAUGCCUGGCUCUCUCCAAUUCUUCCAGGCUUGGUUAAUCGAAUUUAUGUUGUCUUUGAUCAACCAACCAAAGUGUCAAUGAUCAAACUAUGGAAUUAUGCUAAAACCCCACAAAGAGGAGUAAAAGAGUUUGGUAUCCUUGUGGAUGACUUGCUUGUGUACAAUGGAGUUUUAAAUAUGGUCAACCACAUUUCCCAUGGGAUCCUGCCAACAUGUGACCCUGUGAUACCAUAUUAUACUAUCCUCUUUGCAAAUGAUCUGAAAAUAUCAGAAGCAGACAGAAGAACCAUCAUUAGCAACAUUGUUGAAGAUCAAGAUGUAAGAAUGAUGAAUGAUAAUAAAAUUGUUGUCAGCUCCAAGAAGAAUCAAAUUCCUGAUCCAGCAUUACGUCCAAAAACUUGUUUAACUGCCAAGGAGAAAGGGCAAAUUAGACGAUUUUAA